AUGGCCCUGCUGCUGUGGAUGGACAUGGUGCCCAGCCUUGAGACGGUGACCUCGUGGCUGGACGAGAGCACACUCGGGCUGCUGUUUGGGAUGAUGAUCCUCGUGGGCCAGCUCAAGAACACGGGGCUGUUUGAGGUGCUUUGCGCCUUCACGCUCAAGGCGUGCAAGGGGCGCAUGUGGGCGCUGUCGCUGAUGACCGUGUACCUGACAGCGUUUGUCAGUGCUUUCCUGGACAACGUGACAACGAUGCUCCUGAUGGGCCCCGUCACCAUCGCCAUGAUGCAGACCUGCAAGAGGGACCCGCGCCCGCUGCUGCUGGCACAGGUGCUGUUCAGCAACCUGGGCGGCACCGCCACCAUGGUGGGGGACCCACCGAACGUCAUCAUCGGCACGGCGCUCGCCCGCCACCUUGGAUUCGUGGAUUUUAUCAUCAACCUCGCCCCAGGCGUGCUGGUGGCGUGCGUGCCGGCCACGGCCCUGGUCCUGUACAUGUACCGCGCGACCCUCCUUGGCCCCAUCCCCGCGUACGACCAGUGCCUCGAGGCCACCUCCAGCUACCGCAUCACCGACUGGGGGCUGCUGGCGAAGGCCAGCUACGUCACGCUGGCCGUCGUCAUGGGGUUCCUGCUGCACCCGGUCCACCACGUGGACCCCGCUUGGUUCGCCAUCAUCGGCGCCGUCCUGCUGUGCAUCGUGGUGGCACCCAUGGAGGUGGAGGAGGUCAUGCACAGUGUUGAGCUCGACAUGCUCCUGUUCUUCGCCGCCCAGUUUGUGAUGGUGGAGGCUGCAGCAGAGAUCGGGCUGAUUGACAUGAUUGGGGGGUGGCUGGAGGUUGCGAUACGCGCGGCGCCGCCGCAGUCACGGACCCUCGUGGCUAUUGAGAUCCUGCUGUGGGUAUCUGCCGUCGUGAGCGGCAUCCUGGACAACAUCCCUUACACAAUUACCAUGGUGCCAGUCGUGGAGCUGCUGGCGUCUGCCGGGCUGGGGCUCAACAUUCAGACUCUCGCGUGGGCCCUGGCCUUCGGCGCCUGCUUCGGAGGGAACGCGACCCUCAUCGGCGCGUCUGCAAACAUCGUGACGGCCACCAUGCUGGACAAGUCUGGCCACCGCUGCACCUUCCUGGAAUGGCUGAAGAUUGGCGUGCCGCUCAUGCUCGUCACGGUUGCGGCCGCAAACCUGUACAUGCUGCGUUUUGCUUUCUGA